AUGCGUAAAAUAAAUAUUAGCAUUGUUUUAGCAAUUAUAAGUUUUUGGGCAAUAAGUGGAACGUACGGACAAAUUAAGAAAAUUAGUUUCUCCGUAGCCCAUGUUGAUAGUUCUUCACAUGGAGGGCAAGAGCAAAAUCACAACAUUAAGGGAAGCUAUGAUUACGACGAUAAUGAAAAUGUGGAGCAUGUGAGCAAAUUCUAUGGUAAUAAUGGUAAUGAUGAAGGAGACCAUAACGAUGAUUACAACUAUGGUCAUGACAAAGAUGAUUAUAAUAUGGAUGAUGCUAAAUACGCCUAUCAAUAUGGUGUGAAAGAUUCUCAUACUGGCGAUGUUAAAAAUCAUUGGGAAAUACGAGAUGGCGAUAGUGUUAAAGGUGUGUAUGCCUUUAAGGAAGCUGAUGGCACGAGGCGCGUUGUUCAAUAUACAUCAGACAAAAAGAAAGGUUUUGAAGCUACCGUACAUAAAAUUGGUCAUGUCCAUAAAUAA